GAGUGCCAGGUACUGUUCACAAGAACUAAAGCUCUGUAUAUUUUCAGUCGGUCGCUGGAUUCCUUGCGUGCGAGCGUGCUGGAGAUGAGGUUACAGAAGGGCUAGAAGCAUGCGAAUUACUAUUAAGAAAGUACUUGCCUAUAUUUGUUCAGUAUGUAUCGUAGAUUCUGUUAUUUUAUGCAUUUAUGUGUCUACAAAUCGUGACGCUCAAACGGGGGUCUUCCAUUCGGCUUCGCGUAACAUCGACCUUGUCGAUUUGAAUCAACAUGAUAGACCGUACUUUAUGAAUGAACCGCACUUUGAGCGACUUAUAAAGGAGUACAGAAGCCAGGAGGAAGAACCAAGGCGAGUUUUAUUUGCGGACGAUAGACCUAAUAUUAUUAGUGACGAACAAUUAAGCAAUAAUAGCCAAACAUAUCAGCAAAAUGCACCGUCGGAUAAAGUAAAUUUAGAUCCACGAUGGUUCGAAAACGCAAAACAAGGAAACGAAUCUGGGGUUAAAACGAAUUACAAAGGUGAUUUACAACCCCUUGGUAAUAAACGCACAGCAUUAAAAGCACAAUCCUUCUCUCAUGCUAAAGGAAUUAAUAAUACGCCUACAUUAGUAAGAACUAAUCAAAAUGUAGAUAAAACUGAAUUGAAACUUGUGGACAAUCAAGCCUCUAAGAACUCAGCGUUCGAAAUCGCAGACCUUGGAGGCAAAAUACCACUGGAAGAAAUGAGUGCCUCGGAAAACAAGAUCAUACUUAAGCAUAUACUUGCAGCGAAGGAACGUCAAAAUCAACCUGUUUAUGUGAAUUACGUAAAACUAAAAAACGAUGGGGUACAACCUGUUCAAGUUGAGCAGAAUUCCUUGGAAUUAAAGCGUGAAAAGCGGGAUGAUAUUGUUCCAAUAGAUGGAAAUUCCCUUUCCCAAUCACCUGCAGAAGUUGCCGCUAUGCAGAAUUUAGAUGAUGUCUUCCUCGCUGUGAAAACAACCAAGAAAUUUCAUCAUAGUCGACUUCAGGUCUUACUGGAUACAUGGGUGUCUAUUGUUCCAAAUCUGGUUUACUUUUUUACGGAUGCAGAUGAUGAAGAAUUCCAACAAAAAACCAAUGGCCACAUGAUAAAUACAAAGUGUCGAUCUUUACAUGUUAGAUCUGCACUCUGUUGCAAGAUGGCGGUCAUGUUUGAUCACUUCAUGGCGUCAAAUAAAAGCUGGUUUUGUCACGUUGAUGAUGACAACUACCUCAACAUUGUAGAAUUGGGGAAAUUACUUGAUUUGUAUCAGCCUCAUCAGCAAGAUAUUUAUCUGGGACGCUCAAGUACACUGAGGCCAAUUGAAGCAUACAAAACACAGACACCUUCGAUAAAGCACCAGUUUUGGUUUGGUACCGGAGGUGCAGGUGUUUGCGUAAGCCGAGCGCUGGCUAAAAAGAUGGUACCGUACACCAGUGGAGGUAUGAUGCUGUUGACUUGCGAGAGCAUACGAAUGCCAGAUGAUGUCACCAUAGGGUAUAUAAACGAGAUUCUACUAAACGUACCAAUGAUACACAUCAAAAAAAUGAAUUCUCAUCUACAAGACCUAUGGGCUAUCAAACCGGACGACAUUAAGAACCAGAUUACUCUUAGCUACCGAACGGAUAGCACAAAUAAAAUGUUAUUACACAACCCUGCAUUUUCAAUCAAUGAUGAUCCAACAAGAUUCAAGUCAAUCCAUUGUAUCCUAUACCCACAGACUUCCUUCUGUCCUAAAGCCCAAGUUUGAAACAAUUUCCUGGCAACCGUAUAUUUUUUUGUCAUUUAGAUAAUAAGCUAUUUCCAUGUUAUUUAUUACAGUAUAUUUUCUUAGUAUAUAUAUAUAUAU